AUGCGGAAGAUAAGAUUAAAGGCCGAGUACAGCGCCUGUUUUAAAAGGAAGGACCACGUGAUGUUGGCAGCAGUACCGUCUGGCGCGCUGCCUGGGACGCACGCCAAGGGUGCUAUUGAGGCAAUACAGACAGUUGGAAAGUGGGGACGUAGAUUCUGUUGUGAAUCUACACCACCUACCAGGGGCAAGAACUUUGGCCCUGUGAGCCAUUGCCCCCGGGACGUCCACGGCCACGAGUGCCCUUACCUGAAGCGUGUCUCGCCGAGGGUGCCUCCGGAUUUCGUCAGGUUGAUUGCAAGGAUCAUCUUCAGGUUAAAGAGGCCGGGGAUUAAGUCUUCUGUAUCACGUUAUGUCGGAGGGUCAAGGGUCAAGGGUCAAGGGUCAAGGGUCAAGGGUCAAGGGUCAAGGGUCAAGGGUCAAGGUGAUGGGUCAAGGGUGAAAAGUGAUGGGUCAAGGGUGAAAGUUCCUGUUAGUGUGAAGGGUGGAGCUCAGGGUGACAAGGGUGUUGCUUGUAGUUUCUCUGAUGGUGAGGACUACGGUGACAUCAAGGCCAGCGAGGACUGCGCCGAGGACAUCGACUUCGUGAUCGGAGAACUCAAGAAAUUCAUCGGCGAGGAGAACAUUCCGAAUUAUUCCGACUUCCUUGGAAUUUACGGCCGGAUAAUCGUGAACCGCUUCUGCCUCCUGAGCAACACGAUGGUGAGCGUCGGGUCGGCCAUCUACCUCGCGGCCUCCGUCCUCGACCACGCCUGCACGCCCAACUGCAGCUUCUACUUCUCCGGGCGGAACGUGCACAUCCGCUCGCUCGUCGAUGUGGAUGAUUUUAGCUUCGAGAAGUGUCGCAUCAGUUACGUGGACCCAGUGGCAAGUGCCAUCAGUCGUCGAGAGGAACUGUACAAAAAGUGGUUCUUCUGGUGUGACUGCAGCCUGUGUGAGGAUGCCGAGAGGAAGGCGCUGGAGACGACUAUGAAGUGUGAGGAAUGCCAAUCACCAGUGUACGUACCCGAGAAGGAGGACCCAAGAUACCCGACGACACCCACCUUGUACCCGAUGUGGAUUGUCGGUGGAUCCGGUGGUCGAGCGUCGGUACAAGGAUCUGCUCAGCUUCACCAAGAGGCAACUUCACGCCAUGACCUCCGACGAUCCUGGUAUCCGAAUAUACACAGGGAUUUGAGUUAUAAGGAGUCCUUUCAUAUACCUUAUGUACACGUGAAUAGGAUUUCUGUGAAGUGCUUAUAUACUAACAUAGAGAUGUGCGUAGAGCUGCUGAAACGCCAAGACGAGCUUUUCCACCCGAUGAACGUGUGGAGAGUCAGGACAAUGGACUACACUUUCAACGCUGCAGUUUUUGGUGGCUGCUGGAGCCUCGUCUACGAGUUCGGCGCCAAGAACCUCGAGGGGAUGAGGUAUUAUUACGGCUCAGAGCACCCCGUCUUCGCCCUGUUCCUCCUGAAGCUGGGGAAGGCGAAGAUCUACCUGAAGCUUUUCCGAGAAGGACUGCAGCACCUGGAGGAAGCGGAGCCCGUGCUGAGGAGAGCCUACGGAAGCACCCACUACUUGAUCACGGAGGACCUGUGUCCUCUGAGUCUGCUGGCGAACGAGGACAUUGAGAUCGCCCUCGAGAGACGUCUCCGGGCCUGGAAGAAGCGUGAGGAGGUCGAGGAAGCCAAGAGGUUGGAGAAGAGGCUGCAGGAUUUUCUCGAAAUCGGCACGCGGUCGGGCACGCAGCGUUUCCGAGGGUCGCUGUCCUAAGCUCCUCUUGUUUAGUCGUUGCGGGGGUCGUUGUAACCUCCCAUUUAGUUUCAUAGUCGCGUUGCCAUAGUCCCCCUCUAACCGCAUCGGAGGUCGUUGUUAUAGUACCCCCUUUAAGUCGUAUCGGGGGAUCGUUUUCACAAUGUCCGUCCCCCAGCAGCUUAUCGGGGGCCUUUGUCAUAGUCCCCCCUUUAAACACACCGACACUCCGUUUUCUCUCCUCGACAAGACGGAUAUUUUUUAUACACACUCUCCCUAAACAUUGCCGAAUCGGAUCAUGUAAUUGGGGACAAAAAUCGUCUUUCAUUCGUGUUAAGUAAAAAUAAGAAGGAAAAAAAAUAUAUGUGGCACCAAACGACAGCUGAUUUAAAUGGAGGGAUUAAAUGCAUACAUGAAAACACAUGUAAAAAGAUUCACUGACAAACAAUAAUUAUUUACGUAUUCAUGUUGGUGACCUUAGUUCUUUUCCAGAAAUGAUCUGUUGUGUGUCUCUUCUGCAUCGUUUUUUUCUGUUUUUUUUUGUUUUUUCUUUGCAACUUAUUUUUUUUUUGUUUUGUUUUUAUUUCGAAAUUUCCACUUUAAUAUCUGCAUUUCAUAUCUCCAUUUUUUUUCAACUGCAUGUUAAUAGGUUCAUGAAUUGAUCUGUUCUUUAUUUCGAUAUAUUCUCACUAUCAACUAUCAACAAUUCGCCAUUUCUUAAUUUUAUUAUGAUUAUAUUAUCA